AUGCACGGGCAUGCGCACCACAACCAUGAGCGCAAGGUGGAGGAUCUGGAAGAGCGAGGAAAUGUUGUGAUCGUCUACCAGACUUUGGACGCCAAUUUCGACGGACCUGUGGGUGGCUAUCGAACCGGCGACCCGGGAACGACCGAAGCCGAGACUGCGACACACAAGAACGUGGGCGUGGGCCCUGCUGUUGGAGCGACUGCGACAGCAACUAAGGAAAAGACUACUGAGACUAAGGCGACUGAUGAGGCUACCACCACAUCUAAGGAGGAAGCGGCUACCACCAAAGAGACCGAGGCCCUCACGACUCAAACUUCAGCGCAGAGCACGGAAACUACGAAAGCUGAAACGACUGAAAAAACGGCCAAGCAAGCAUCGACCACCGAGUCCCAGAGUACUGCAACCUCCUUUGUAACUUCGGCAUCCCCUACCGCGGAGACUAGCCAGGAUGUCAACGAUCUUCUCGCCGCAACUUCCACUGGAUCGGCCACUGAUUCGGCCGCCUCGGCCUCUUCCACUGCCAUUGGUAGUUCCACCACUUCUGCUGGCAUGUCCGGGGGUGCCAAGGCUGGCGUGGCCAUUGGUGUGAUCCUUGGUGUGGGUGUGAUUGCCGCCCUGAUCUUUUUCAUCGUUCGCAAGAAGAAGAGAAGCCAAGAUGGUUAUCAACAGGAGAACGAGAAGGCAUUUGGAGGUGAAGGCCUGCCCGAAGGAGGCCUCGCAGCUUCUCUGCCACCACCUCCUAAGCCUCUGACUCCCUCGACUCCUCCGGUACUCAAUGUUCGCCCUGUUACUCAAUUCGCACCCGACCUCAGUGGCGGCGGUGGUAUCAACCCGGCUACCGCUGGUGCUGCCGGUGCUGCAGCCGGCUCAGCAGCCAUUGCUUCUCGUAACCUCACUGGUGACUCGCCGCCCCCCACUCCUCCCAAGUCGGCUGGCAGCAGCCCCAAUCCAUUUAAUGACCCCGUGAAUCCUUUCGGUACUGCCGAUACCCCUGUGUCUGCCCAUGCACCUUCCGUUUCCGAGGCCAGCAAUGGAACCUCUGGAUCGACUAUGGCAGCUGCAGCCGUCGGCACUGCUGCGGCUGGCGCCGUUGCAGGUGCUGCAGCCGCCUCUCAUGAGUCCAAGGAGGAGACUGCUCGUCCCGGGACUGCAGGUUCACGCGCUCAUUCCCCCACUGUCUCCCCUCAAUCCUCGACGAGCCCUGUCAAUGGUUUCUCUGCCGCUGCUGCCGGGCCUACAGUUGAACUAGCAGGCGCCGCGGCAGGAGCUGCUGGUCCCAACAAUGUUCACCGUGUGCAACUCGAUUUCAACCCGUCCAUGGAGGACGAGCUUGGUCUUCGUUCUGGUUCCCUGGUGCGGCUGCUUCACGAAUACGACGAUGGAUGGGCUCUCUGUAUCCGCCUUGAUCGCUCUCAGCAAGGUGUGGCCCCUCGGUCUUGCCUCUCGGCCCGCCCUGUGAUGCCUCGCCCUCGCCCACCUCCUGGCAAUCCUGGCUCGCGUGGCCCACCCAUCAUGGGCCCUGAUGGCCGCCCCAUGGCGCCUCCUGGCCGAUUCUAUCCCCAGGAUGCACGCCCGAGAUCUCCCUCUGGCCCUGGCUUCGCUGGUCCUCCUGGCUCUUACCCGGGCACUCAAGUGUCGCCUGUUCAGUUCCCAGCUGUUCCUCGUUCCAUGUCUCCUGGACCUGGCCGACCUGGUCCACGUGCGAUGAGCCCCGGCCCAGGAGGAAUGCCUGUUCCCCGUUCUAUGUCUCCCGGACCUGGUGGUAUGCCCGGUCCUCGCUCCAUGUCUCCCAGUGCCGGCCGACCUAGUCCCCGCUCAAUGAGCCCUGGUCCGUAUGGCCAUCCCGGAAUGCAGCGCCCCCAGAUGCCCGUCAACCAACGCCAACGCAGCAACAGUGCCGGCAACAUGGCCCCUCCUAACAUUGCCGCCGCUGCCCCGCCGGUCUCCAGUCCACUAGCCGCUCCCGUUCCCGCCCCCACUGGCGAGCUUCCAGCUAUUCCGAGUUCCGCACCGACCUCGCCCUCGAGCUCGCAGGUCUCGCGCAAGCCCGUCCCCGCCCAGGACGCUUAA